UGAUCAUGACAUCAAAUUUUAACUAAAAUAUAAUAAGCCUUCAAAGAGUUAGUACAGUAAUAUCGCCAACGCGUAAACAAGUCGAUUAACAUAAAAGUGUAUCAACAAUAAAAUCAUAUACUUGUUAAAAUGGCAAAGCUUAUCAAAAUAUUUUUGUUGAUGUGUUUAUUCACACUAGUUUUUGGAAGAAAAUUUUACUGCAACCACGAAAACGCGUUAGCUUCCUUCAAGCGUCCCACGUAUGAAUUCUCCGUAAGAUUUUUGGACAGGGUGGCUCAAGAGACUUACUACCACUUUGUAUUCUCACCCUUAUCCACUUGGCUUCAAUUAAUGUCCUUGGCCGAAGGAGCGAGAGGUUCGACGCAAAAUGAAAUAUGGAAAGUGACAAGACACCAUCGUAUGAAAUGUUUCAGACGAAAGUUCAGAGAAAUUCUCAAUUCGAUGGACGAAGAAUUGAGUUUUAUGACGAAAAGGACUAAUGUUAUCGUCAUCGACAAACUAUUAGACGUGAAAGAAUCCUUUAUCGACGAAGUGAGGAAAACAAAUACGACGAAGAUUUUUUCAUUAAACUUCAAUAAUCCUGCGCAAGCUGCUGCGAAAAUAAAUGAAGCUAUUGAUAUGGACAUGAACGAUAUUGAUAGUGUAUUUGAUGCCAAUGACUUUAAUUUAACAGUUUUACUAAUAACUGAUACUGCUUACUUUAAAAGUGAUUGGUUAAAACCUUUUAAUCCAGUGUACACUUCAACGGAGACAUUUUAUUCGGAACAAAAAGUGGCUAUCGGCAAAGUGAGGUUGAUGCACCAAGAAGAAAACUUCAAUUUGACUGAGGUGCCGCUUAUUAAUGCUAAAGUUUUAGAGUUACCAUUUAACACGAGCAACAGAAUCUCUAUGCUUGUUUUCUUACCAAUUGAAGGCACAGUGAAUGAUUUGUUUUAUAAUCUAAAGAAUAUACGGCUAACGACAAUUUUCAAUCUUUUCAAAGCGGAAGGAACGAAAUUGGUGAAAGUUAAACUGCCUAGAUUUAAAAUAACAUCCGAGUUGCGAAACAUUCCAGAGCUGGUGUAUGAUAUGGGUGUUAAAAGGAUGUUUUACCCGGAUUUGGCAGACUUCGGUGGUAUAACUGAUUAUCCCCUGUAUGCGUCACUGAUGACCCAAAUUGCUGACUUGGAAAUUACAGAACAAAGUGCGCGAGCAAGUGUUAUGCCUGACACUAUACGGAUACCUGAAGACGGCAUGCAGACUUUUAGUGCAGACACGCCGUUUGCGUACCUAAUUGUUGAUAGACUUACUGAAACUAUACUUUUCGGUGGAAUGUAUCGUCACCCUUCUAUUUAUUAAAUAAAUUAAUGUAUAAAAU